ACUCCGUCGCCGUAUCUGUUGAUACGUUGUGUGGCAUUAAUCAUCAUACAUACACAGGUGUAGUUUCGUCUUACUUCCGAUUGCGUUUGCUUCGUUCGUCCAUUCUUGUUCCUGCCUGUCUGUGUGCCUGCUUCUUCCUGUUUUCUGCCAGUAUCUGCAAUACUCACACAGACACAUAUUCAUACACACUCGUACACAUUAUUCGAGGAACUACUUUUACUUGUCAAGUCAACGAACGUCACGUGAACACCGACGAAUUUCUUUUAACCUUCACUCAGAGAACACUCUGGCCUCACCGACAUUUCACAGAGCUGCUGUAAAGUUGAAGAAGAAAAAGAGGAAAAAAAGGUAUGGCUAGCUGCCCAUCACCAACGUCCCCGACAUCAUCAUCACCGCCAAUAGCAGCAUCAGAUGCCAACCUGACACACAAGACCAGAGUCGUUUGCCUGGCGGACGAAGAGGACGCAGUUUCGAAGCACCGUCUUGAUGCGUUGCCGUCACAGAAUGCCAUCGCUGGAUGCCAGCCACGGGUUCGCGCCCCUCUAUCGACUAUAAACUACGACAGGUCAGAGUCAAAGAUCGCGGAGACUACUUCUACAGCCAGACGUGAGUUGAAUGUUGAUUGUAGUCGCCACGAUAAUACUAGUAGUAGCAGCAACACCAGUAGUAGUCGUUAUUGCAACAAUAUGAACAACAGCGCCAGUAAUAACAAUAAUAUUAAUGGUGGUGGUGGUGGUGGUGGCGGCAAUGAUAAUAUUUGUAGUAGUGGUAGUGGUAGUAGUAGUAGUAGUAGUAAUGGUAGAAAUAUUAGCAGUGUUAAUGUUGCUGUCGCUGAUGAAUGCAGUAAUAGCAGAGAAGAGAUUGAGGUUUCGAGCUCAACUUUACCCGCUUCGCCAUCGGUUGUUGUUGUUGUUGUCGACGAGAGAAUAUCAACAACAAACAGACGAGCGUUAACAGCAUCAACAACAACAACCACAACAACGACGACAGCAGUUGCAGCAGCAACAACGACAGUAGCCUCAACAACAACAACAGCAGCAGCUCCAUUACCAACAACAACAUCGACAACAGUGGUAGCAGCAAAUGAAGAUAACCCAAUGACGACGACGUUGGCGGCGACGACGAUGACUACUACAAUAGCGACUAGUUCGAGCCCAUCUCGCCGUGUUAGCCCAGUUCCUUCGCUCGAUCUACGAAGCCACCACGAAGAUACGGUCACGCGUCGUCCACCUUCCCAGAGCGACACGAGUGCCACACCGACCACAACUCCGACGGCGGCGAUAAUGAGGACGCCACCGUCGCCUCGCUCGACAGUGAUUCUGCCUCUGCCCAGGGUGACCGUUACCUCGCCCUCGGAUCUCUGCCCGCCAAACCCCACGUCGACCGUGCAGAUAGAGUCUCAGAGUCAACAGACACCGCCCUCGCCUACGCUGCCACAACAUCCCAGGUCCGUGGUCAUCGUUCCAUUUCCUACGACCCUUUCGACGGCUACCCAGCUCAGCCUCAACACGAUGGAACCACCGCCGCCGCUGCCUAUGGACACGUCUGCCUUGCCACCGCCGCCUCCCUACGAAGGGUUCAUCAAGGAUGACGACGGCGACGGUGGGAACAAUAGCGUCAACGGAAUCCGCCGCACGCCCGAUGGCUACGGGCUCGCUCACCUGGAUAAUUUACCGUCCUACGCCGUAGCCACCGACCUGCCCACCUAUGAAGAGGCCGAAAUAGCCAAAGCUAAUGAAAUGCGUGAGAAUCGAGACCGGACACACGGUACCAACGGCGCGCAGGUGCCACCUACGGGCCAACAGCAACAACAACAGCAGCAGCACAUGAAUUACCCCGAAGACGAAAGAGUUCCGAGUUAUGAUCCCUAUCACCUGACCGGGGUGUCUCUCGGCACCGACUGGAUCUUCCUCUGUACGUUUGCCAUCUCAUUCUUGUUUAACUGGCUCGGCUUCCUCAUCUCCCUGUGUAUCACCAACACGGUAGCUGGUCGUUGUGGUGCUCUGUCCGGUCUUGGUUUGUCACUGGUCAAGUGGGUGGUGAUAAUGAAACACAACACGAUGGCCCAGGGCUUCAUGCAAGGUGAUUCCUGGGUCUGGUGGAUCCUCAUGAUCUGUGGUUUUCUCCUGUUCCUCAGAGGAUGUAUUCAAUACGUCAACAUGAAAUAUGAAUGGAGAAGGAUUUUCGUCCGACUUCAACAAAUGUAUUUUUCCUGAAUAACCUUCACCUCGCCCUCGUCCCAAAAAUUCAAAAUAGAAGGGAAAAAAAUCAUUUAUAUAUAUAUAUAUAUAUAUAUUGUCGUCUGGGGAGAGUCAUACUGCUUUAAUAUCUAACACACUCGCUGGUUCAGUUUCCACUCAUUUAUUAUUUAUAUUUUUUUCGCUGCUUAUGCAACUAUCCAUUGACAAGGUUGCAAAAGCAACGAAAAUCUUGGAAAGGUAAAAAUAUAAAUAAUAGACGGGUGGAAAUUGAACCGGUGAGUGCGUUAGAUAUUAAGGCGGUAUGACUUUCUUCCCAGACACAACAGAUUUUGUUUCAACUCACGAAUUCACAUCAAGAAUCUCGCAAACCAGAUACAAAAAAGAAAUUAUAUAUAUAUAUAUAACACAAGAACAUUUUGGGGACAGCAGACUGUAACACAAACAAUACUGAUUGAUUCAUUAAUUAAUUAUCAAGCUGUGGGGUAAUAAUAAUUUAUUUCAUUUGUUUA